ACAUGGCCUAACGUUAGCUGGCGCUGCUAGACAUCAAAUCGUCGAGUAUGGCUUCAAGUUUCAAGAAUAUAUCUAUGAAGUACAAUGUUAUUGCGGAAAAUCUGAAAAGAGCACCUAAGCCUAAAAAUGUCACAUUUCGAGGAAAGGCAAAGAAAGACCCGAUGGAAAUAUAUCAAGAUGGAGUAGGGUCUCGUCUUCCUCAAGCCUACUUCAAGUGGAAUAGAAUCGGAUAUGAACCAUCACCCGUUCACUGGAUUGAUAAAGGAGUUGAUUGGGAGAAAGACCCUGUAACUGGUGAUAGGAAGAGAGUGAACCGAGUCCCAAUUGAUAUCCACUACCCACCUGAAUCUCGUAUGGGAUUAUGGGGAGGAGAAGGAUGGAUAGAAGGAUACAGAAAAUCAAAAGGAGACAGAGGAGUAAGACUAAGGAAAACCUGGAAGCCCCGAAUUGCCAAGAGAAAGUUGUACAGUGAAAUCCUGGAUAAAAAGUUUGAGAUUCAAACAACGAAUCGAGUCAUGGACCUCAUUGAUGAAGCUUAUGGCUUUGAUUUCUACAUACUACAGACACCAGCUGAAGACUUGAAUUCAUUAGUAGGAAUGAUAUUGAAGAGACAUCUCUUACUACGGUUAGCCAACCCUCAAGAUAUGUAUCCAGAUGAUCCACAGAAGAGAGAUCAAAUUUGCAAUAAAUAUAAAAGAUUUGUCAUACCAAAAGAAGAAGCAGAAUGGGUCGGACUGACACCAGCAGAAGCGUUUGCUAAGCAGAGACAAAUAGAGGCAGCAGCUAAUCCAAUCAGACCAUUACAAGAAAUCUAUACUGAUGAACUUAUAGCCAAAUAUAAAGAACAUAAAGAGAAAAGUGAUGGUCUGUUCACAUUCAGUAAAGAAGAAGAAGAAAAAGCAAAGCCAUUCCUUCAGAGGUUCUUUGGAAGUGGAUCCAAGUCAAAGGAUGAUGGAACAAGUGUAUGAUGAUAGUUGAAGAUAUCACAAUGUGUAUGUCUGUGUGUGGACAUUGGACAUUCUAGAAGGAACUAUGGAACUGCUUUCCUGCCAAGCUGAAUGUAGACAGAGGAUUUGAGAUUAUACUUAGCCUGCAGUCAUUGGACUGUUUUAUAUCUGCUUGGUCCAUGAACAGAUUGUCUAAAAUACACCAUCAUGGCUCUAAACACUUGGUCUACUAUCGAUUUGGACUACCUGUAAUUAGUGUUUGGUUCAACAAUGAUCAAAUAUAGUUCUCACUUGGUCUAACUAUCUUUUGGUCUAAUUUCCCCUUUUCCUACUUAUUAUUUUGCAUUUCAUCAAAAUGAUAACUUUGUUUAUGAACAGCUCAUCUAAUCGCCUAGACUCGGUAGGGUUAGACCAAAUGGUUAGUAAAGAACUGGUAAGACGAACUUGUCGAUUUGGGAUUAGACCAUGUGGCAUGAGACCAAAUGGAAAGUAGACCAAGUGGCAAUUUACCAUUUGACAUGCCUUCACUCUGGAACACCUACCAAAGUUCUCUCUGGACAGUUACUUCAAAUUGUAUGGCAAUAGAAUGAGAAAAGUAAGAAUGUACUUGUGACAGCAUCCCUUUUUGUUUUACAAGAUUAUAUGUCCUCCAUGGUACAAACAAAUGAAAUUAUUUUCAGUAGCAACUGUGCAUGUAAUUACACCCCCUAUUUGAUGUACAAGUUCUCUACUAGUAAUCCAAAAAAUAGCAUAAUGGUUGAUGUAAAGAACCCUGCUGUACCUCAAUAUUGUCUUUGGAUAAAGCAUCUUCUUCCACUAAGAAUUACAAGAUCAUUGAGUUUGUUGCAUUUUAAAAAAAUCCUGUCUUUGAAAAUUCAUUUUUGUCUGAAACGGCUGUUUAUAUGACCCUAAUGAUAUUUCAGGGAAGUGCGCAUCAAUAGGCUUUCAUCUGAAACUGAUGAAUAAAAAAAUUCAGGAAUGGGCACUAUUUUGGCAAGAAAUCAAAAUCUGAACAUGACCAAGCAUUUCUUUAUAUUGACCCUAAUUUUCCUAUUUUACUAAAAACAGCAAUGAUCUUGCACCUCCUCCUCAUGAGGAAAAUCUCACGAAGCAUCUUCAAUUAUUUUCAAUGACAAAUUUACUCUCUGCCAAUUAGUAAAGUUUUUUUAAACUUCCAUGAAAUAACUCAGAAUUGUGUGACAAGAUCAGUCUGGACCAAUCCUUUGUACUCUUUGGUCCCAUUUCAUGAAAGUUUUUAAUCGAAAUGUUUAAUAAGAGCCAUCAAAUUCACUGCACUGGUGAGAAUUUGGUAAUUGUUGUUUCAUAUAUUUGAUUACCAAUAAAAGAGAGAAUGCAAUACAUGAACAUGUAUGUGGUUAUGGUAUCCCAAAUGAAAAUAUUUUUCUUGACAUGGUAAGCAAUAAAUAUAACAAACAUUACA